CCUCCCUCAUCAUAUUAUUCUCGAACACGCUUUUCGCCCGUCCUCUAUCCCCCCUCCAACACCUCCUUCCCUCCCACCCCUUCUUCCUCUCUUUCAUCAUUCUAUCUCCAAUCAUCUCCUCUCCGGGGUCACCAGGCUAUGGACUGUGAGUUUUUUUUUCCCUUGAUUUUUCCUUUUUCAGGGCCUGAUUAGGCCUCUGCACACCCGGCCGGGGUACUGCUACUCCACGUUCUCGACCCACCUUAUCCAAGAAUUCCUCUAGACACUCUUGACUAGAUCGUGUCUUGGACUUCUCUAGGCCUUGAUCUAACGGAGAAUCUCUCCUCGGGUCUGGUAUAGCGACUGGUUCUCGUGCAGUUCCCCUUGUCCUGCUUCCAUCACUUCCCAUCAUCGUCUCCAUCAAAACGUCAUCAAAAUCAUCUCCAUGCAUCAAAGCCCCAUCUCCUACCCCAUUCUACAGUCCAUUUAGCCCAAUAUAGCUUUAUUCUGAGUCGCCUAUGCCUGAUUGACACGCCGAUCUGCUUCUUGUGUCCCUUCCUGCUGGAAUUGAGCUCCAAUGCUGACUCUUCCUCGUCAUUAGCCUCUAGCAUGGUGAUCCCAUCUGCUCCCGAGUCGUCUACCAUGUCGGCUCUACCAAAUGGCUAUUCCACAUCCCCAGCUUUCGAUGCUGCAAUCGCAAAAGACCAGCUAUCCGCGAGCGACAGUCCUGUAGGAACUAUCGAACAUGCCGCCGUCUUCGAGUCAUCGUCUUCCGAAGCAGAUGCCGCAGAUGAAUCCUACAAUGCCGGAUCGCAUAAUGCCGAUGAUGACUCCGAGGGCUCUGGGACAGGUGACAGUGAUGAUGCCAGUAGAUCCAUCAGCGUUACAAACUACUCACCUCCACGAGCCAUCCGAGGAACUAAACGUAAAUCGCCGGGGGUGGAUGAGACCGAAUACAUGAGACAGAACCCAGACCUCUACGGACUCCGUCGAAGUACGCGUGCUCGUACCACGCGUCAAAUGGUUCAAUCGCCUUCGGAUUCCGAGUCGGAUGUUGCACCCCGGACGAAGCGAAGACACCCUGCUGCCUCUCUCCAAUCCUCCAAGAGACCGUCCCGCUCUGUGACCUUAUCCUCCUACUCAUCCGAUUCUGACAGUGACGAAUAUGGACCGAGUCGUGCUAGGAUGAGCAAAACAAAGCGUCGCCGUCAAGCCCAUGCCGCUCUCAACAACGUACCAGCUCACGCUGAAGUCCGUUUCUCUACGCGAAACGCCUCGAAGGUCUCGAAUUACAACGAAGACGCAGACGACUCCAUGUUUGAGGAUGAUCAAGAUGACUUGAUUGAAAACUAUUGGACCAAUACAGUAGAUGAUAACCGCCCUGCUGUUGAAGUCGUUCUCAAUCAUCGUCUAAAGCAAGGGGUGAAUCCAAAAUACCCGGAUGUUGAUCGUAACGAUUAUGAGUUUUAUAUCAAGUGGCAGGAAAAGUCUUACUACCAUGCAACCUGGGAGACUGCUGAGAGUCUUGCAAACUGUCGUAGUACGCGCCGUCUGGAUAACUACGUCCGAAAGGUCCUCUGGGAAGAACUGCGCUUGAAUCAUGACGAUGACGCCCCACCCGAGGAACGAGAAAAGUGGAAUUUGGAUCGUGAGAGAGACGUAGAGGCCAUUGAGGACUACAAGAAAGUGGAACGUGUCAUAAGCAUGCGUGAUACAGACGAAGGGACUGAAUAUCUCGUGAAGUGGAAGCGCCUUCCUUAUGACGGAUGUACAUGGGAAGAUGAAGACCUCAUCAGUAGCAUUGCACAGCACGAGAUUGACCGAUACCUGGACCGCUCCUCUCACCCCCCCAUCUCCGACAGGUCGGAAUCGAAUCCCGCUACCAGGAAGCCAUUUGAGACCAUCAAGAGCACACCGAGCUUUCUACAGAACGGCGAGCUGAAGGAAUUCCAGGUGAAGGGCUUGAAUUUCAUGGCUUUCAAUUGGGUCCGAAAUCGCAACGUCGUCCUCGCUGAUGAGAUGGGGUUAGGUAAAACUGUGCAGACCGUUGCCUUCAUCAACUGGUUACGACAUGUAAGGCGUCAACAGGGACCCUUUGUGGUCGUCGUUCCUCUGUCAACCAUGCCAUCUUGGGCGGAAACGUUUGACAACUGGACCCCAGACUUGAACUACGUGGUGUACAGCGGCUCUCAAGGCUCUCGUAAGGUCAUCUGUGAGCAUGAACUCAUGAUCGACGGGAACUUCAAGCGUCCUAAAUUCAACGUGCUUCUUACGACGUAUGAGUAUGUGUUGAUGGACUCUUCUUUUCUAAGCCAAUUCAAGUGGCAGUUUCUGGCCGUCGAUGAAGCGCAUCGGCUUAAGAAUCGUGAUUCCCAGCUCUAUAUAAAGCUGCUAGAAUUCAAGUCACCCGCUCGACUUCUCAUCACCGGCACCCCUAUUCAGAACAACCUUGCUGAGCUAUCUGCGCUAUUAGACUUUUUGAAUCCUGGUGUGGUUGAUGUUGAUGUCGACAUGGACCUUAAUGCGGAAGCGGCGUCUCAGAAACUUGCCGAGUUGACGCAAGCCAUCCAGCCGUUUAUGCUGCGACGUACGAAAUCAAAGGUAGAGACUGAUCUGCCACCGAAGACUGAAAAGAUUAUUCGGGUGGAAUUAUCAGAUAUCCAACUUGAGUAUUACAAAAAUAUUCUCACGAAGAACUAUGCCGCCUUGAAUGAUGGUGCCAGAGGCCAGAAGCAAUCACUGCUGAACAUUAUGAUGGAGCUUAAAAAAGCUAGUAAUCACCCUUUCAUGUUCCCUAACGCUGAGGCUAGAAUUCUAGAAGGAAGCGUUCGCCGGGAGGAUGUCAUGCGGGCCUUGAUCACGAGCAGUGGUAAGAUGAUGCUGCUUGAUCAGCUUCUGGCAAAAUUGAGGCGUGACGGCCACCGAGUCUUGAUAUUCAGUCAGAUGGUUAAGAUGCUUGAUAUUUUGGGCGACUACAUGGAAUUCCGUGGAUAUUCUUAUCAACGGCUUGAUGGAACUAUUGCCGCAGCAUCUCGUCGUCUUGCUAUCGAUCACUUUAAUGCCCCUGACAGCAGCGACUUCGCCUUUAUACUCUCCACAAGAGCAGGUGGUCUUGGAAUCAACCUGAUGACGGCCGACACUGUCGUCUUAUUCGACUCCGACUGGAACCCUCAAGCUGAUUUGCAAGCUAUGGCAAGAGCACACCGAAUUGGGCAGACUAAGCCUGUUAGUGUGUACCGUCUUGUCUCAAAGGACACGGUCGAAGAGGAAGUCAUCGAAAGAGCCCGCAACAAACUCCUCCUUGAGUUUAUCACGAUCCAGCGUGGCGUGACUGAUAAGGAAGCUUCAGAGAUUCAAAGCAAAAUGGCUCGGGGAGGUAUCUCUGUUGGAGAGCCCAACUCUACUGAAGAUAUUUCUCGCAUUCUCAAGCGUCGUGGCCAGAAGAUGUUUGAGCAAAGUGGAAACCAAGAGAAGCUUGAACAACUAGACAUUGAUUCUAUCCUGGAGAAUGCAGAAUUGCACCAGACUGAGCAAGCUGAAGGCAUCCAAGCUGAUGGCGGCGAGGAGUUUCUCAAAGCAUUUGACUUUGUCGAUAUCAAAGUCGACGACCUGAGUUGGGAUGAUAUAAUCCCCAAAGAGCAACUGGAAGAAAUAAAGGCGGAGGAGAAGCGAAAGGCCGACGAGCGUUACCUUGCUGAGGUAAUUGAACAGAACAAACCUCGCAAACGUAACGCACCUAGCGAUGAGCGGGAUUCGCGUGAAGAACGGAAGGCAAAAAGACUUGCUAGAGCGCAGGUUGGUAUCGACGAUGGUGACGAAUCUGAUUCCAAACAAGCAUUGGAUCCGAAGCGGCCACUCGUCGAAAAAGAAUACCGACAUCUUCUUCGAGCAUUUCUAAGGUAUGGAGACAUCGACGAUCGUGAAGAAGAUGUUUUACGAGAAGCUCGCUUGGUUGGCCGCGACAAGGAGACUGUUAAAGCCGCUCUUCGCGAGAUCACGGAUAAGGCUGCGUCCCUCGUCAGAGAAGACAUUAUUAAAAUGGAAGCUCUAGAGCAAGCGGGGAAGCUGCCGACGAAGAAAGAGAAGAAGGCAGUCCUGUUUGAUCUUCACGGCGUCAAGAGGCUUAACGCAUACACCAUUGUCGAGCGCCCUGUUGAGAUGCGGAUGCUUAAGGAGGUGACGUCUUCUCUCUCAGACUUCAGAAAUUUUCGUGUCCCAGAAGCAACAAAGGCGGCUGACUACAGUUGCCCUUGGGGGGCGCGAGAAGACGGGAUGCUCUGCGUCGGUAUUUCUCGUCACGGCUAUGGUGCUUGGGCGCAGAUACGUGACGACCCCGAUCUUGCCCUCGGCGACAAAUUCUUCCUGGAGGAACAUCGUGUAGAGAGAAAGACUGAGCGCCUGAAUGGCGAAGACAAGUCCACAAAAUCUCCUGGCGCUGUCCAUUUGGUUCGCCGUGCUGAUUAUCUCUUGUCUGUCUUGAAGGACAAGUCUAGCAAUGGUGCAAGUGUCACGGCUAAGAGGGCAGUUGAGAAUCACCACCGCAACAAUAGAAAGAAUUCUCGUGCUCGGGCUGGCAGCGUGUCUGCGUCGCCUGCGCCUUCGAGUUCCCGAAAAGGUCAUCGUGAAGUGGACCGAACCCGGCAGCGCUCACAUACUCAUGGGGCUCGAGACAGUAUGGAGCGAGGCCAUGUUUCUAGCCACGAUGGUCGCCCGAGAUCUUUGUAUGAUCAUGAUAAACCCCGCCAUCGGGUGUCAGACGCUUCGAACGAAGAAGGUCGUCGCCGCAAGGUCAGCGAAAAUGGCGCAUCUAACCGCGAGGAUAUGGCUCGGCGACUCUUCAAGCCAAUCCGAGAAGAGCUUAAGCGGGUGUCGACUGUCACUAAAGAAAACUAUCCAAAUAAAACUGAACGAGCAUUGGCUCUGAGAAAUCUACUUCAUAAGAUUGGAGAUUUCAUUCGAGGCACCUUAAAGGGCGAGGGUUCUAUGCAUUCUCUUGAAGUUCGUCUGUGGCAUUAUGUCGCAAUAAAUUACUGGCCCAAUAAGGAAGCUGGCGGUACGAAACUACAGGAAAUGUACCAGAAACUUCAGGCUGCCCAAAGCCAGACACCUCCAAAGCCAGUUUCGAAUGGAAAGUGACCUCGCAAACGCCCUGAGAGCUGAUUCCCUAUCCUCGACUUAUCUGUGUCUUGGGAGGAUCAUCUAUCUAUUCGCAACAACCUCUACAUAUGCUUCAUACCUUCACGAUCUGGUGGGCGUAUGGUUACAUUAUGUUAACCAGCUUUGGCUUAUGGUUGAGGAUCUUUCUUAUUUUCUUGCCAUUUCUUCUUUCCCCCUGAUCCCCGAGAUAAGCAUUCAUCAUUCAUCGUUGGGCAGCAUGGCGACGGCGUAUGGCUUGAUUGUCGAUAAUCUUGAAAGCGAUUGAGCACGAGCUGAUAUCAUACGGAAAUGUGCAUGACUUUUUGGCUUCUCUGUCUUUUUUUCUUCCUGUCUUGUUUUAUUAUGCGUGGAUCCCCUAGGGCGAUAAGCCAUGCGAUCUGAUCUGCUCAUGUUGUUCGGGGGAACUUCCAGAGAAUGACCCUGGGAUCAUUCGUAUAUUUUGGGAGGCCUCCUGUUGUCCCUUUUUGUUCCAUUUCUCCUCCAAUAUUCUGCCUGUUCCUUCUUCGUGAUGGGACCGUGCAUGGUUGCCAUAGUUGUUACUUCUGUCUUGUUUUUUUAGCCUUCUUGCUAAUGGUCCGCCGGUUGUGCAUGGUGCCAUUACUUUUUUUUUUAUUUUCAUUCUUGUUUCUAAAAUGAAUACAUGAGCGAGAAGGAAGUUCCAGGCUCUGCUGCUUUGGGGUGCCUAGCUGUUCCAUCUCUUUGUCUCCAAUUUCAACCACGUUCCGAACGGAUUGGCCCGGAAAAUAUACAUCAGCAUCGGAGUUACAUUGACGAUUUCUCAGUUUUCUGUUCUUCGUCAGGGUUUUGGAAAAAGGGAUCAAUCAGGGAACGGAGAACAUUGGCGUCAGGUCAGGUCUGUACGAUUUAUGGGACGGGACAUGUUGAUACUGGGAAGAUGGGUAAUAUCUAACUGGACAGAAGGGUUCAGGAACAGAAAAUGAUAAAAAAUAAUGUUCUAAUGAAAUAUACUUUUCAGGAUUCCGCAUAUUAUUAUUCAUCCUUUUCCUGCUUUGAUAC